GGGGCGAGCGAGCUGCAGCUGCGCCUGCGCACUGGAUUCCAUAAAGGGAGCCGUUAGCGGCACGCGGGUCACGUGAGCCUUUUUGUCCUUUUCCCAUCGAGUGUGCGGCCGGGAGCGGGCGAGGGCUAUGGUUCGUGGUGGCUUAAAGAAAUCUCAAGGUGGUAAGAGAAAACUAAAGUUGAUGCCACCACCACUGCCAGUGUGGGACAAGAGGCAGGCUUACAUGGAGCUCCUGUACUGGGACGAACUCAUUCGCAGUGGCAGGCGCCUGUACCCUCAGGACUACGAUAGAUACGAGGAGCUGCGCCUGUGGUACGACUGCCUGUGCUUUGAGGAGGGGCUGAAAUCUUAUCGUCCAAGGAUAUUGGAAAAACUACCCAAAGCACCGAAGAAAUCACGUAAGAAGCCAAAGAAACCCUCCAAGGUAGAGCGGGUGGAGGCUGAAACCACAAUGCGUCCCAUGCGUAUAUUUGUGAAUGAUGACCGGCAUGUGAUGGCAAAACAUGCUGCCAUCUACCCAACUCAAGAAGAACUGGAAGCAGUUCAGAAUAUGGUGUCACAUACAGAGAGGGCACUGAAAGCAGUUUCUGACUGGUUGGAUGAGCAGGAGAAGGCCAGUAUUAAAACAGAAGUUACUGAAGUGACUGAGGCACCAACAACAGAAGGAGAGAAUAAGGAGGGAACGGAAGACCAUGACAACUUUACCAUGGAACAGAAGUCUACAGAACAGAAUGCCAGCCGGACCCUACGUGGAGUGAUGCGAGUUGGGUUGGUGGCCAAGGGCCUCCUUCUGAAGGGUGAUCUUGACCUUGAACUUGUACUGCUGUGCCGGGACAAGCCUACCAAGUCGCUGUUGACAAAGGUCAAAGAUAAUCUGGCUGUACAAUUUGCGACCAUUACUGAGGAAAAGUAUGAAAUCAAUCCUUCAAUUAAAGAUGCAGCCAUUAUUAUAAAGAAUGACAAAGAGGAGCCACUAACCUUGAAGAUCAAGUUGACCUCGCCUCUGGUCCGAGAAGAGCUUGAGAAGCAGGCUGCUGGAGAAACAGUAACGAUGAGUGAGCCUGCGGAUGUAUUGGACAGGCAGAAAUGCCUAACCGCCUUGGCGUCCCUGCGACACGCCAAAUGGUUCCAGGCCAGAGCAAAUGGGCUGAAGUCAUGUGUCAUUGUCAUCCGUGUUCUACGGGAUUUAUGUUCAAGAGUUCCCACCUGGGCACCACUUAAAGGAUGGCCUUUAGAGUUGAUCUGUGAAAAAGCAAUUGGAACUGCUAACAGACCUCUGGGUGCAGGAGAGGCAAUGCGAAGAGUCUUAGAGUGUCUGGCUUCUGGAAUUCUAAUGCUAGAUGGACCUGGUAUCUAUGAUCCAUGUGAAAAAGAAGCUACAGAUGCCAUUGGCAGUCUUAACAGACAGCAAAGAGAGGACAUAACCCAAAGCAGUCAGCAUGCACUGCGCCUGGCUGCUUUUGGACAGUUGCAUAAAGUAUUGGGAAUGGAUCCUCUGCCUUCCAAACUCCCUAGAAAACCUAAAAAUGAAAAUCCAGUGGAUUAUACAGUUCAAAUUCCUCCAAGUGCAUUCAGCACACCAGUGAAGCGGCCAAUGGAUGAAGACUCUGGUGAGGACAAGUCUCCCAUCAAGAAGAAAAAGAAAACUCAAAAAAAAGCAGCAGAGGAAAAGGUCGAACCUGCCCAAGCAAUGAAUGCAUUAAUGAGACUUAACCAACUGCGACCUGGUCUUCAAUACAAAUUAAUUUCCCAGACGGGUCCUGUCCAUGCUCCUGUAUUCACUAUGUCUGUGGAAGUUGACGGAAAGAGCUAUGAAGCAUCGGGGCCAUCUAAAAAAACUGCGAAGCUGCAUGUUGCGGUCAAGGUUUUGCAGGAUAAGGGACUCCCAACUGGAGUAGAACCUGAGAAAGUUGAAGAAACUGUAGUUAAGAUAGAACCCAAGCCAAUUGCUCCAGCUCCUGCAGCAGUAACUGUAAAGACGGUAGCUGUGACUCCAGAGGCUGAGAGUACACGUCAGCAAGGUCCAAUUUUGACCAAACAGGGAAAAAAUCCAGUAAUGGAGCUGAAUGAGAAGCGAAGGGGGCUGAAAUACGAAUUAGUAUCUGAGACUGGUGGCAGCCAUGAUAAACGGUUUGUUAUGGAGGUUGAAGUUGAUGGACAGAAAUUCACUGGGUCAGGCUCCAAUAAGAAAGUGGCUAAAGCGCACGCUGCAUUGGCUGCUCUAGAAAAACUAUUCCCCCACCAACCUCCUGUAGAAGUAAAGAAAAAGCGAAUUGCUCAGCCACCGCAGCACAACAUGGGAUUUAGUGGUGGUAUGGGAAUGGGAGUGCUCCCUGCAGGUCCUCCUGCAGGUCCUCCUGUGCAGAGAGGUAGAGGUCGAGGACGUGGACGAGCUGGCAGAGGUGGUUUCAAUGCAUCCAGCAAUUCUGGCUACUUGUCUUCUGGGACUGGCUAUGGUGGAGGAAACUAUGGUUACGGUGGUGGUGGUGGUGGCGGUGGAGGAGGGGGUGGUGCUAACUAUGGUUAUGGAUCCUCUAAUUCCUCUGGUGGAUACGCUGCAGGUGACUUUUUCAAAGACAGCUUCCAAGAUUUUCCCUCUGGCUAGAGGGUGAAAAUUGAUACAAAAACCUGCCCCUCCCACUUUGGUCUAAUUCAUUUGAACUGUUGACGCCCAAAGUCUGCAGACACAUGCUGGACUUGCUGCUUCAUCUGGACUCUGAUAUUUUGUGCCCACUCAAAUGGCAAAUACACACUGGUUUUUUGACUCCGAAUUCUGACAUCCAUCAGAGAAGCGUCUUUUGUCUGCAGCAUUUGUCACCUUUGUAUUGACGGACUUUGGGGAGGAGGCUUCUACAAGACCACAGCAACUGAAAAGCAAUAAAUCUGUUGAAAGCAAUGGAGAAGCAAAAGGAUUUCACUGUCCAAAAGAAACAAUUCUGAUUUCCCCAUGUGGAGUUCCCAUAAAUAACUAAUCAGGCCAAUUCUACAUAUGGAACUUCAUAUACUAGCACUGUACAGAGGCAGGACGUGUGGCCUGAUCUCUUAAAAAGUCCAAAUCAUUUAAACCUGGGGCUAUAGUGCUUCAACAUGUUGCAUCCAAAUGUUUUAAUGAUGCAACUUUUUGUGGUUUCACACCUUUUGCAUAAUGCAGUUGAUACCAGUGGGAAGAGGCAUGUUAUUUAUGCCAGCUGAUUUUUGGGAGGUGUUGUAUAUGAGUGCUUUGAUUCUGACCAGUUAACAAAAUAUUUAAUUUGUCUAUUGAAUGCUUCUAAAUCUACAUGUUGAAACGAGUACUCUGAAAUCACAGCCAGAUUAGAUGAUCACACUCCACCCCUCCCAAAUUUAUAUGUUGGUGUUAUAUUCUGUUUUAGUGUUGGAUUAGUUUGGCAUCUAGUUUAGGCUCUAAAUACAACAGAGAACUGGAAUGGAAUCUCCGCAUGGCAUUUUGCUGUUUAAAAAGCAUGCAGCUCCCCUGUCACUGUCAGAAACAACCUCAGUACAAUUCAGGGAGCUGAAUUCUAUUUCAUGUUGAAAUAGAAUUGUCGUGUUUUCACACUCUGCCCUAUUACCUCUUUCCACCCUUGUAAUUGUCUCUUAAGCUAUGCCCAUGAAUCUAUCAGUCUGAAUGUAAAUAUAAAUUUGGAGAGUUUUAUUUGUUCAGACUUGAAGAGUUCUAGUGUCAUGCCUGUGAUGUAAAUUUAGGACAGCAUUUCUCAGAGCAGAAGUGGCCACUUGACCCAGUGAGUCUCAUCUCAUAAAUAAACCCCUUCUACCUAUAUUAUUAUAGUCCUCAAUCCCUUCUCUAUGCGGAGAUUCAUUUCAUUAUUGAACCCAUUUACUCUUGUUACUGUGGUUUUCAAGAAGCUGUGUUUCCUCUGGAUGAAAAGAAAUUGCACCUGGCUUCCUUUCUGAACUACUUGUCUGAUCUUUAGUACGCCCUAUUGUUUGAGCCUUCACUGGUCCACAUUAUGCUUGAAUAAAUUAAUUCAGUUCACAGUUUCAUCCUAUUGAGCCAGAUGUGUAGAUGUGGCUCUGGACGUUAUGCACUGUUUGGCAUUCUGAUCUGGGAUGUUCAGAAGUUGCUAGAUUUUCAUAUAUGAAAAUAUAACCGCAGCAUCUGUUAAGGUGAUUUUCUGAAGGUUAUUUUCCCUUUUGACAGUUUCACUAAUUGCUUCAGUUGACUCUUUCAGACAGUACGUGGUUCACUGCUAACUACAUUUGUUGCAGUAAAUGCACUGGAUCGCAUAUGGUCUGUACCUACGUUAAGUUAUUUCAAUGAGUGGAAUAUUCUUCCAAAGUUGGUGUUUGAAAUUAGCCAUGGCAUUUUAGGGGCAGAGUACAACAUGCUAACUGUGUGGUAUAAUUCAAAGCAACAACAUUACAGGGAUUUCUGGCUUUGAUCUUGCUGGGCUUGAUUUUAAUGUCAUUUUAUACCAAUGUGUUUCCUAGUUUAGGUAGUAUAAAACUUAGUAAUACUGACCCUACCCCAUCAAAGAAAAUACAGGUUGCAGGUGAAGCAGUAGGGUUGCACUUAUUCAUGGGAUUUUAUGUAUGACCUAUUUUAUUGUGCCUCCCUGUCAGUUAACAUUUUAAUGUUGAUUUUUGUGUUGUAACUUUUUUUUUCUACAAGAGAACAAAUGUAUAGCAUCCUGACCAGGACUGAUGUCAGAUUUGUUUUAUUCAAGUUCAAUAAAAGUUUCUAAGGAAUAAAA